AUGCGAAAGAAUCAGACGAACUAUCACAACAACAACAAAAGGUCGGCCUACAACUCCGCCCACAACCCCGCCCGCAACUCCGCCUACAACCCCGCCCGCAACUCCGCCUACAACCCCUCCCGCAACUCCGCCUACAACCCCUCCCGCAACUCCGCCUACAACCCUGCCCGCAACUCCGCCUACAACCCCUCCCGCAACUCCACCUACAACCCCUCCCGCAACUCCGCCUACAACCCCGCCCGCAACUCCGCCUACAACCCCGCCCGCAACUCCGCCUACAACCCCGCCCGCAACUCCGCCUACAACCCUGCCCGCAACUCCGCCUACAACCCCGUCCGCAACUCCGCCUACAACCCCGUCCGCAACUCCGCCUACAACCCCGCCCUCAACUCCGCCUACAACCCCGCCCUCAACUCCGCCUACAACCCCGCCCGCAACUCCGCCUACAACUCCGCCUACAUCAGGGCUGGUAGCACAAUUGGUGAUAUCCUAAUUGUUGCAAAUACUCCAAUUCAAGACGCAGCCAUUGAAGCAUUCCUAGCGGGAAUGUUUAAUGACCUGAAGAACAUUUACCCUGUGGUGUUCGAGAGCCGCGCAGGCUUAACGUUUGAACCAAGCCCUGUAUUUUUUGGAGAGACUUUGACUGUGACGUGUGGCCCACCACCAAAUGAUCUAGACUUUCGUAUCACUUCAUCAGAGUGGAGACUUGAUGGUGUCGUAAUAAAUGAAGAUAAUCAACACAGCUUUUCACGAGAAAAUGGACUCGAAAGACUUACCAUCAGAAAUUACUUUUUCACUGAUGAUGGACUCUAUGAAUGUAGGCUCUUUGAUGGAGAAUCCGUUUACCAGAGUAGCUCUGUUGAACGUUUCUUAAUUCAGGAAACACCCAGAAUCAAUGUAGUUCCCCUCCAGAGCAAUCUCAUAUGUGAGGUUGGGCAGCAAGUAUCGGUCCAGUGCUCUGUCCAAGCUCCCUACCAGGUGAUGUUAAGAGGACUCCCAGGAGAAGCUGUGGUUGAUCAAACAAUCCAAGGAGAGACGACAAUAACACAGACAGACUGUGAUAACCAAGGAUUAAAUAUAACUUGUGAAGUGAAUGAUUUCCCUCGUUUCAGAAGAAAUACAACAUUUUUGCUGUUCACAGCUGGUGAUUUCACAUGCUUUGAUGAUCCUGAAUUUGGAAAUGGAUUUUUAAAUGAAGUGGGUAGAGCUUCUUGUGGACCAGAUGAGGUGGGAGAAAUAAAUGCUAUUUGCCGAGAAAGUGGAGAAUGGGAAGAUCGGGAUGACAGCUGCACCCUUCAGAUCUUUGCGGAACUACUUUUUCAAUCUCAGUUUUUGAAUGAAACCUUUUUGCCAGAGUUUCUGGAAGCACUGAGUACUGCCACUACGACACUGAGUGAGCAAGUGACUGAAUCCCCAAACAACAUUGAAGCCAUCGUUAGAAUUCUUGACAAUGUAGCAACCUUUGUAACGACAUCAGAAAUUGAGAUAACUCAGGAGUCAAUGGAGGAUGUCCUUUUAACCACAAGUGUCCUUACCCAAGAUCGUGCAAUAGAAGCAUGGGACACUCUUAACCGUGAAGCUGUCAUCGAAAUCCUGGGAGAAAGAACCUUUUCUCCUAGAAAUGAGAGUCUUAGCUCACUAUUGCUAUUUUCUCUUGAGGGUAUAACAAGUGCACUGACCAACGCUUCUUUUACCAUCGAGACACCGUUGAUUCUCUUGAACAAAACUACAUUCGCAGACAGUUUCAAUGGGGAUUUUAAUUCUACAGUGGAGAUAGAAAUACAGGAGGCUACUGGAGCAACAAACCUCACCGUAAUAACCUUUGAAUCUCUGGAUAAUGUACUUCCUCCAAGAGAUGAAAACAACGCUUCAGGCAGGGUCAUUAAUGGGAGAGUCGUACUUGUUCAGUCUGACUCCAACAUAGACAACAUUACAUUUAGCUUUGACGUCAUAAAUGAGAAUCUGACAAGACCUCAGUGUGUGUUUUGGAACUUUACCCUGUUCGAAGGUCUUGGAGGAUGGGACGAUGAAGGUUGCGAGCUGGUUGUAAGUGAGAAUGAUACGGUUACGUGUCAGUGUGACCAUUUGACCUCAUUUUCAAUACUAAUGUCACCUAAUGUAAUACAAAGCAUUGUGUUGGAUUUCAUAACAUACAUUGGGGUCGGCAUUUCCAUUUUGUCUUUAAUUAUAUGCCUAUGCAUUGAGGCUGCUAUCUGGAGAAAAGUUAUCAAGAGCAGUACAGCACACUUACGGCAUAUUUGCAUUGUUAACAUUGCAUUGUCCCUCCUCAUUGCAAACAUUUGGUUCAUUGUCGGUGCAGGUGUCUCUGCAGGAAAUAGAAGCAAUGCAAGGGCAUGCACUGCUGUUACCUUUUUCAUCCAUCUCUUUUACUUAGCCCUCUUUUUUUGGAUGUUAAAUUAUGGCUUGUUGCUGUUUUAUUACACAGCCUUUGUCUUUGGAAGCCUUUCGAAAAUAACUUUGUUGGCUGUUGGAUUCUGUGUUGGCUAUGGGGCCCCACUGAUUAUCACAACGAUUACUAUAGCCGUAACUGCACCGGUUAACGAAUAUAUUCAGGAAACUGCAGUAUGCUGGCUCAACUGGAAUAGGUCCAGAGCGCUGCUGGCAUUUGUGGUUCCGGCAUUGCUGAUUGUGUUUAUAAAUGUUAUCAUCCUAAUUGUAGUUAUAGCUAAACUACUGAGGAGUCGAGGAAGGGCAAGUACUGUGGUAGGGGAUGAGAAGAAUGUCAUUGGGGACCUUGCUCGGACAGUGACCCUUCUAACACCAUUUUUUGGAAUAACGUGGAGUCUUGGAGUGGGAACACUACUUGACCCUGACAAUCUUGGACUACAUGCUACGUUUGCCCUCUUUAAUUCUCUACAGGGUUUCUUCAUAUUGGUUUUUGGAACGCUCUUGGACAGUAAGGUCCGGUCAGAAAUUUCGAAAGUCAUACCUCAAACCUCUGUUAGUGGGACAAGAACUGCCAGUUCUGGAAACUCAAGGACAGCCUACAUCGCAGAAGUUUUGAUGGAAAGUAAUGCCACUCUACAAGUAGACCAGAUCCUGUCAGCCUUGAAUAAUGCAACCAAUCUUCGCAAAGUGACGCUUCAUGACAUUGAACUGAUGGCUGAUAAAUUCACAUGCAUUGAUGAUCCAGAAUUUGGAUAUGGAUUUUUAAAUGAUAUUGGUAGAGCCUCUUGUAGACAAAAUGAGGUGGGAGAAAAAACUGCCAUUUGCAGAGCAAGCGGAGAAUGGGAAGAUCGGGAUGACAACUGCACCCUAGAGACUAUUUUCCACCUACUUUCCAGGUUGGAAGCUGGGAUUUUGAAUGAAACAACUUUGCCUGAAAUAUUGGCUAAACUACGCAAUGAGACUGUCACACUGAGUCAGCAAGUGAUUGAAUCUCCAAACAACAUUAAUGCUACCGUUAGAAUUCUUGACAUUGUUGCAACUUUUGUGAGAACAUCUCAAAUCCUGAUAAAUCAGACUCAUAUCGAGAAUGUCCUUUAUACUACAAGUGUCCUCACCAUGGAUAAUGCAACAGCAUCAUGGGAUGCUCUUAACAGUCAAGCUGUCAUUGAAACCUUUGGACAAAGAACCCUCACUCCUAGAAAUAACAGUUUGAGCUCACUAUUGCUCUUCUCUCUUGAGAGUAUGACAAGUAGACUAAAUAAUGCCUCUUUUAACAUUGAAACACCAUUGAUUAUCUUGAACAAAACUACAUUUACGGACAGUUUCAAAGAGGAUUUUAAUUCUACAGUGGAGAUAGACAUACAGUGGUCUAAACGAGCAGCAAAUCUCACAGUGAUAACCUUUGAAUCCUUGCACAACGUACUUCCUCCAAGAGAUGAAAACAAGGCUUCAGGCAGGGUCAUCAAUGGGAGAGUUGUACUUGUUCAGUCUGACUCCAAUAUAGACAACAUCUCAUUUAGUUUUGACGUCCUAAAUGAGAAUCUGACAAGACCUCAGUGUGUGUUUUGGAACUUUGCCCUUUUCGAAGGUCUCGGAGGAUGGGACGAUAAAGGCUGUGAACUCGUAAGAGAGAAUGAAACGGUUACAUGUCAGUGUGACCAUAUGACCUCGUUUUCAAUACUAACGUCCCCUAAUUCUCCAAACAACCCUCUGUUGGAUGACAUAACAUACAUCGGGCUCGGCAUUUCCAUGUUGUCCUUAGUUAUAUGCCUCUGCAUUGAGGCGCUUAUAUGGAGAAAAGUUAGCAAGUGCAACACAUCAUACUUUCGCCAUAUUUCCAUUGUUAACAUUGCACUCAGUCUCCUGACUGCAAACAUUUGCUUCAUUAUUGGCGCAGGUAUCGCUGAAAGAAAGGAAUUCUUCAAUCUACAGGCAUGCACUGCUAUGACCUUUUUCACCCAUCUUUUAUACUUAGCGCUUUUUUUCUGGAUGUUCAAUUAUGGCUUGUUGGUGCUUUAUUACACAGUCAAUGUUUUUGAAGCUAUUUCUAAAAGCACCAUGUUGGCUAUUGGUUUCUGUCUUGGCUACGGGGCCCCACUGAUUAUCGCAAUGAUUACUAUAGUCGUAACUGCACCGGUUAACGAAUAUAUUCGGGAAACGCCAAAAUGCUGGCUUAACUGGAAUAAGUCCAGAGCAAUGCUGGCAUUUGUGAACCCGGCGUUACUCAUUGUCUUUAUAAAUAUUCUAAUUCUAAUUGUGGUGAUGGUUAAACUACUACAGAGACGAGGAAUGCCAAGUACUGUGCAAGGGGAUGAGAAAAAUGUCGUUGGGGUCCUUGCUCGGACAAUGGCCAUUCUAACACCAUUUCUUGGACUAACGUGGUGUCUUGGAGUGGGAACACUAGUUGACCCUGACAGUCGGACACUCAAAACUAUGUUUGACCUCUUUAAUUCUCUGCAGGGUUUGUUUAUAUUAAUUUUUGGAAUGCUCUUGGACAAAAAGGUUCGGGCAGAAAUUUGGAAUCUCGUGUCUCAAACCUCUGUCAGUGGAACAAAGAUUGACCUCACCUUUAACAAGAUCAAGACGCAAAUUUUUGAUUUCGGCCCCGAAGACAGAAGGAUUCGCUUGCUCCGCAACCAUAAGAAUGGAACACUCUCGAUCUGA